AUGCGUGGCCCCCCAACGACGAGCGUGCGCUUUACGCGGGACCGUUUGGUCGGUAUUCCACGCCAACUGCAACGAUUUCCCUCGUCGAAUCGGACAAAUUGUUCUAGCAACGUCUUUGCGCAACAGUCGCAGCGAUGGAAGACGUCGAGAUGGAGUGGUAUUGGGCAUGAAAAAUCGUUUCACUGUGGCACGCCGACCUUUGCGAAGCCUGCGGCGCCGUUACGUUCUGCUCUUGAGGAGCGAAUACUCUCCAUUCCCAUUGAACGAUACCGCAACUUUUGUAUCGUGGCCCAUAUCGACCAUGGAAAAAGCACGCUUAGCGACCGUCUAUUAGAGAUCACCGGUACAAUAUCUGCCAGCGACGCCAACAAACAGAUUCUCGACAAGCUGGAUGUCGAACGUGAACGGGGCAUUACUGUCAAGGCGCAGACUUGCACCAUGAUAUAUAACUAUAAGGGCGACGACUACCUGCUGCAUCUGGUUGACACCCCCGGCCACGUCGACUUUAGAGCCGAAGUAACGCGAUCCUACGCGAGUUGUGGUGGUGCUCUAUUGCUGGUCGACGCCAGUCAGGGUAUUCAAGCCCAGACUGUUUCUAAUUUUCACCUUGCCUUUGCCCAGGACCUUGCUCUCAUUCCUGUCGUCAACAAAAUCGACAUGCCCUCUGCCGAUGUCCCGAGGGUCCUUGAGCAGAUGCAGACGUCUUUCGAGCUGGAACCUUCCACGGCAGUCCUUGUAUCAGCUAAGACUGGCAAGAACGUGGCCAACAUUUUACCCGCCGUUGUAGAGCAGAUUCCGCAUCCCGUUGGCCAAGUUUCCAAGCCUUUGCGGAUACUGCUGGUGGAUUCGUGGUACGACAAUUUCAGGGGUGUUAUCCUGCUUGUACGCGUCUUCGAUGGCCAGGUGAAGGCCGGCGACAACCUCAUCUCAUUCGCCACCGGCCACAAAUACACCGUUGGUGAAGUAGGGAUACAGUACCCCAAUGCUGUCCCACAAAGUGUCCUUCGCGCUGGGCAGGUCGGCUAUAUUUACUUCAAUCCUGGUAUGAAGCGGAUCCAGGACGCGAAACUUGGCGAUACUUUCACCACUGUCGGUUCUGAGGACAUCGUCCAGGCGUAUCCAGGCUUUGAGGAACCAAAGCCUAUGGUCUUUGUCGCGGCCUUUCCCACCGACCAGAGCGACUAUACGCGUCUAGCAGAUAGUAUCAGCCAGUUGGUUCUCAAUGACAGGAGCGUGACCCUGCAAAAGGACUAUUCGGAGGCUCUAGGGGCAGGCUGGCGGUUAGGCUUUCUAGGCAGCUUACACUGUUCUGUAUUCCAGGACCGGUUGAAACAGGAACAUGGCGCCAGCAUUAUCAUCACGGACCCGACUGUGCCGACUAAAGUUGAAUGGGCUGAUGGGACCGAGACGAUUUAUCAGAACCCGGCUGACUUCCCUAGCCAGGAUGAGCACCGAAUGCGUGGCGCAAACGUUUUGGAACCCUUCGUUACUGCUACUAUGACUCUUCCGGAAGAGUACCUUGGUCGUGUUAUCGAGCUUUGCGAGAGUGUGCGUGGCGAGCAAAAGAGCUUCGAAUUCUUCCAUGCCACGCAGGUUAUUCUCAAGUACGAUAUUCCUGCGGCUCAACUUGUCGAUGACUUGUUUGACUACGAAGACUCUGGCUGGCGAGCGAGUCAGCUCACGAAGCUGCAGCUUCUUGUCAAUAAACAGCCUGUUGAUGCCAUUUGCCGUGUCAUUCAUACGUCCCAGGCCGAGCGUCUUGGCAGGCAAUGGGUGACUAAACUCAAGAACCACGUCGAUCGACAGAUGUUUGAGGUCGUUAUUCAAGCGGUGGCGGGGAGGAAGAUUGUUGCACGCGAGACUAUCAAGCCAUUUCGAAAGGAUGUACUCGCAAAACUACACGCUUCUGACAUUACGCGCCGGAAGAAACUAUUGGAGAAGCAGAAGGCUGGGCGCAAGCGGCUUCGCGCCGUAGGCAAUGUUGUCAUUGAUCAGUCAGCUUUCCAGAGCUUUCUCUCUAGAUGA